AUUUUUCAUUGAUAUUCCCCCUCUAAUGAGCAGAUACCCCAUAGAGGCCGCCGACUAUCACUUCAAGUUUUAAUCACACUUAGUACAGCAUUAGGGGUAACAACAGAGUUCUUUUAGAAUUGAACUUUUGGCCGCAAAAAACGACAGAUCAGUAGCACGAUGCGUAACCCGAAAUUCAAAUCACCUAGGAGCCUAUUUAACUCCCUCAGACGGAGCCGAAGAUCAAAACCAGAACAGGCUGCCAGCACUGCAACCCCUCAUAUUGGAGAUCGCCAACCCCAACAUGACGCCCGGAAUCCAAGCCAGGCAAUUGUGUCGCCAGAAUCAAAUCUUAACGAAAAUAUCCAACACCGACCUGAGUCCUCUCCCACGGGCUUAGAUAUCUCACUUAAUAUUUGGAAUAAGGCAUAUAAUUCCAUUAAAGAAGAAGAUCACGAGCUAGUAGAAACGUAUGAGAAGAUCUUGAGCAAUCAAUUCUUAGAAGACGGCAUUGCCUCAGUAACAUUUGCAACUGUCAACUUAUUUGUUGAUUGCACUGAACAGAUACGUUUCGAACGCAUGAGAAAUGUAGUUUUCAAGUCGAUUGAGAAAUGGGAAAAGCGCAAGGAGCUUAGAGAUGGUGUUAUCGAGGUCGUAGCAUUUGUCACAAAUUUUAAUGGUUUUAUCAGCAAUGCGUUACAAUCUUACCCACCGGCUGCCAUGGCAUGGUCUGGAAUUUGUGCUGCUCUUCCAAUCCUGACUAGUCCCCUCGCUGCCCGUAAUAUGGUUAUGGAUGGUCUUAGUUAUAUCAUGUCUCGAAUGGACUGGUAUGCGGACCUGUCCAACGCACUACUUGAAGAUAAUGCAAAAAUUAACACUCACUCAACGAGACUACGAGAUAAGCUCGAGGAAAAAAUCACCAAUCUCUAUAUGACCCUAUUGAAAUAUGAGAUUCUGAGUGUCGUAUAUUGCUACCACAACCACCCAGUUGUACGAGACAUGAAGACGAUAAUUGGUUUUGAUGACUGGGAGGGCCGACUGCAAAGGAUUAAACUUCUAGAGGUUGAUUUCAGGGACGAUCUGACACAAUACGCCAGUGGAGAGUUCGUCCGGCAUCUCCAUAAGUUAUCACAUUCGAAUGACCAACUUGGCGAGAUCAUCAGCGAUAUUCGGCAAAUUUCUGAACACCAAAGUAUUCUAUUGAAGACAACUCUGGAAAAUCAGCAAACCGAGCAGGCACAUCACCAGAGCCGCCUCACGGGCAAAUUCAAAACAAAUUUAAACUACGAGGAACGGAUGAAAUUCAACCCGGAUCAUAUCCCAGGGACAUGCGAGUGGUUUCGGACACAUGAAAUGUUCAAGCAAUGGCAAGGAAAGGCCAAUGGAUUGCUCCUUGUCUCGGCGGAUCCGGGUUGCGGGAAAUCUGUGCUUUCCCGUCACCUAAUUGAAAAUAUUCCUAUGUCUAAUGACCCAACCGCUACUGUGUGUUACUUCUUCUUCAAAGACUCCCCGGAAGAACGAAGUCUUCCAAACGCAAUAUGUGCUUUGCUUCAUCGACUGUUUUCUUCGAAAAACUUCUUGGCUAGCCGCUGCGAAAAUCGAAUCAACGAUGGUGGACUAAAGAUUCUUUCCGAUUCUACAGCAUUGUGGGGUAUCUUUGAAGAAGCGAUUAACCAACAAGACGCCGGUCAGAUUAUUUGCGUACUGGACGCUUUAGAUGAAUGUGACCCAAGAGAUUGCCGUAUACUGAUGGGGUUAUUACGUUCACUCUACCUACCUUCCCCCGCUCAGAAAGCUCGUAUCAAGUUUCUCGUCACUACAAGAGGUUAUCCAUGGAUUUUGGAUAACUUCAAUGAAUUUGUACCUACUUGUAUCCAUCUCUCCGGAGAAAAUAAAGAGGAGAAGAGCCAGAUACAGAGAGAAAUCAACCUGGUUGUAGAGCAUCGGCUCACCAAACUCUCCCGUCAGAAUAGGUUAUCGCCAGAGAAAGAAAAUCUAAUCCGAAAGGCGUUCCAGGAUCAUGGACUGGAGCAGAGGACUUACCUGUGGGUCAGCCUGGUGUUUGCCGCCUUAGACCAGAACUACGAGGAUACCCGGGAGAGAUGGGAGAAACUGAUUCAAAACCCACCAACGAGCAUCUUCGAAGCAUACAGGAAGCUCCUAGAGCGUGUAAAGCCUAACGACAGAGAUCGAGUAAAAGUCCUCCUAGACCUAAUUCUCGCGGCAGAACGCCCCCUUACCUUGAGUGAGGUGAACAUCGCCAUAUAUGUGCGAGAUCACAUGGACGCCUAUUCAGAAGAUGAGAUAGAUCAUCCUUCUGAUGGGAAUUUUCGUAGAUGGUUAGUCCAGACUUGUGGAUUUUUCGUCACUGAAUAUGACGACAAGGUCUUCUUCAUACACCAAACAGCAAAGGAAUUCCUACUCCAGGACACGGCCAACACCAUUGAAUACAGGUCCGACCAGCCCGGCGAAUGGAAGCAUUCUACCACGAUGACACAGGCGUACCGCUCAAUGGCAGAAAGCUGUAUAGCAUAUCUAUCAUUAGAUAUAUUUCAAAGUAAUCCUUUUAGCAAGGAAAUAUUUGCAUCAAUAGAUCGUGAAUCUUUCUAUACCUUUACUUCCCGUGGGAUAUCUACCCACCAUUACAAAAAUCGCCAAUUCCAUUUCCUCUAUUACGUGAUGGAUCACUGGCUGGAACACUUUCGAAAUGCCCAAGAGUUCGAAGGGGGGGCGAUUCGUGAUAUCAAUUCGAAAUUUGACGCUGCUUAUUUUUCUUUCUUCGACGAUAAGCCGCCGAUCACCAAGCCGUGGUUAGUGAUGAUUGUACGGCUACAGAGGGGACGGCGAAUGUGGGGCAAGGCUUUAGAAUACGGAUAUGAAUGCAUCAAGUAUUCUGAAGGGAAGGAUGAAUUUUUCGGCUCGAUUACUAUUGCAUCGUUGGCUGCUGCAUUCGGUCAUUUACGCCUUCUCCAAAGACAUACCGUCCAGAAUGACGAAACUGGUUUUCGAAUCCCAAAGGUUCUAGGGAGCCCAGAUGAUGAUAGUAAUGAUACAUCGGACGACGAAUCUCCACCGGAAACCCGUCUUCAACCAUUAUUCUUCGCUGUAUUUAUGGGAUACAUCGAUUGCCUCGAAUACAUCCUCGAAUAUACUGUCAAGGUCGAUACCCAAAAUGCACAACAAAAGACACCGCUCCUUGUUGCUAUAGAUCAAGAACAUCAUGCUAUCGUUAAAAUUCUCAUUGACCGGGGCAUCGAUGUCAAUGCUAAAAAUCAAGACGAUCUCACCCCUCUUGACUAUUUAAUACGUAAAACUUUCUACCGCUCCUCGGACAGCAUGCGAUAUCUCCUUUCUGCGGGAGCGAUAUACACUACGAAGUGUGAAACCCUUCUCCAUCAUAUGGCGUGGAUCGAGGACAAUACUCCACAAUUGCAAGCGCUAGAGCGACGGUAUCGACUUGAAUCGUUAGAAGCUACUCGCAUUAAUAACGAAGUGAACACAUUAUCUAAUCUCUUCCAAUCGGCUUACGAAUGUAGCUUUAUUAAAACUUUGGUGGACAGUGGUAUGAGUCCAGACUCGCGGAAUCUAAGGGGAGAGACACCACUGCAUCUGGUCAGGAAUGCGAACUGGAACAUUCUGUUCCUCCUAUACAGUGGUGCUGACGUCAAUGCUCGGGACCAGAAUGGCUAUACGCCUUUGCAUAAGGCUUGCGAAGGUUCAAGAGCAGCUACUGUCGCAUUACUACUUAGAAAUGGCGCCGAUAUAUCGGCGACGAACAAGUAUGGUAACACUGCCUUACACGGUGCGUGCCGAUACUCCGAAACAGCCGUUGUCACAGUACUCAUCCAAGCUGGUGCAUCUAUUCACACCCCUAAUAAGAAGGGCGUGACUCCUUUCAUGGCAGCCGCUAGAAGCUACAAUUAUGACUUGGAAGGUGGCAGGGCAACGCUGGAAUUAUUACUCGACCAUGGCGCCAAUCUAUACGCACAAGACAAUUUCGGCCGGUCCGCAUUACACCACGUCUUUCCGGAUAAGUUGAGCAUUAAGAAGGCGGCAUUCCUACUCAAUGCUGGCGUCGAUUUACAGGCGUGCGACUUCAAAGGGAACACAACUCUACAUAGGGCCUGCCAGAUGCCUGAUAAGGAAUUUAUUCGGUUCUUACUUGGAAAAGGGGCAGAUAUAGAGGCGCGCAACAACCGGAACCAAACACCGUUGCAUACUCUACGCCAUCCCAUAGGCACGAUAGACUAUUUGGACCUGCUUACAAUCUUGGUCGAGAACAAGGCAAAUAUAGAUGCACAGGACAAUGAGGGGUGGACGCCUCUACACGCUGCCUGCAAUAAAGGAGAUAAAUACAUGGUUAAAUACCUGCUUGAGAAGAAUGCAAAUGUCUAUGUGGGGACCAACAUAGGCGAGACGCCGCUAGAUAUCGUUUCUCGACGCCUAAGAGAAGGACGCGCUGGUCGAAAUGAUGAUUCGAAUACUGGUAAAGCAAGAGGUUUCAAUUAUCCUCCGGACGUGGUUACGGAUGAUGAGACGGAUAGUGAUAAGGAUAUUUAUUAUGAAGGAUACAACGAGGUCUUAGAACUGCUAAAACAGCAUAUGAAGAUCAACUCUAAAAUAGCGUGAAAGAAAGUCAUCGUUAGGCAGUUAGUUGGUGUUGUAAAAUCGAGGAGAGGAAAAGAUGUUGUAUUUUCUAAGUUUAAAUCGACGGUCUACUGUUUCUAAGAGUAUCCACAUCGAACUCUCUCUAUUGAAACCUUAUUGGUCGGAAGGCACAGACGACAGGAUCGUCCCGCUUUUAUCAAAAUAUGUACCUAAGUACUUAAUGCCCCACACCCCACCAAACCAGAUCUGAUUUUAUCGGGAAAA